AAAUAAAUAAAAUAAAAACAUUAAUGUGGCACUGUGCAAAAGUUUGGGCACUCUAAGAGUUCCAGAGUCGCUGAUUUAAGAGUCAGCAGAAGAAAACCUUACCUGCAUCCCCAUCAUAGAAUCCAACGUCAGAAGUAUGCAACAGAACAUCUACAGAAGCCUGAUGAGUUUUGGAAACAAGUGCUGUGGACUAAUGAAGUUAGAAUAAAACUCUUUGGCCACAAUCAGCAAAGGCAUGUUUGGAGGAAAAAAGGAGCAGCAUUACACCUUGCCAACUGUUAAGCAUGGGAGUGGAUCUAUCAUGCUUUGGGGUUGUGUUGCAGCCCGUGGCACAGGAAACAUUGCACGAGUGGAUAGAAGAAUGGAUUUCACUAAAUAGCAGCAAAUUCUGGAAGCACAGAAAACAUUGCACGGGUGGAUAGAAGAAUGGAUUUCACUAAAUAGCAGCAAAUUCUGGAAGCAAACAUCACACCAUCUGUAAAAAAGCUAAAGCUGGAAAUAGGUUGGCUUCUACAACACGACAAUGAUCCUAAAAAUACCUCGAAAUCCACUAUGGAAUACCUCAAGAGACGCAAGCUAAAGGUUUUGGAAUGACCAUCACAGUCCCCUGGUUUAAACAUCCUUGAAAAUAUCUCCUGUAACUGGACCUGCAUGCUCUUUACACUGCAGUGGCCAGGAAGCUUCUGUCUGAAUAUCGACAAUAAAAACAUUUGCAGGAUACCACACAAUAUCCAUAACUGGACCAUCCAUGGCCUUUGGCCUUUGAAUGAUCAUUACUGCUGUUCCUGUUGGCCAAUAUUUCAUUCUCAUCUCCAGGAAUUGGAACCAGAUCUCUGUCAGCUUUGGCCUUCAUUUAUAAAAACAAGGAGCAACUUUACGUUUUGGAAAGAUGAAUGGCUUAAACAUGGAACAUGUGCAGGCUGUGUGGAGAGCAUGAGUUCUCCGUUUCUCUACUUCAGGACAGUCCUGAAGCUCCGGGCGCUAUUCGAUAUUGAUAAUGUCUUGGCCAGUGCAGGCAUUAAACCUUCCUGCAAUGUUUCCUAUAAGUACGAUGAACUGCACGGUGCACUGGUACCACUGCUUGGAGAUAACUUUGUGUUACAGUGUGUGACAGGUGACGAGGAAAGAGAGGCAUGGGUGCAGUUAAAGAUACAUUUCUCAAAGAACAUCACUCUUGGAUGCCAGGCAGAAGAUGAACUCAAGAGCAGCAGGGUAAUGACCCCCACUAACGGACACCCCUGCCCCAAGAACACCACCAUUUUCUACUUCCCUAUAAACUACGAGCACCCAAAACAACCCUGUACCUGAACACAGCAUUAGUGCCCCCUUGGGUAUGAAGAGGUCAUCAAGCUUCU